UACGAUAAUUCAUAGAACGUAGACUUCACGUGUUUCAUUUGUUUACAAUUUUCCACCGCAAAAUGAAGCCUUUCGAAGUGCCGCCCUGGGAGGAAGGAGCCGAUAUCAUUGAGUUUGAGCCGGUAAAUCCUUCAGGAAAUGGAGUUGCCGCCAAGAAGAAACCAAAGAAGAAGAAACCCAAAAAGAAGAAGGCCGCUGUGCCAAAUGAAAAUCUGAAUGUGAACAAGGCAGCUGAAAAAUUCACUUACCGGCAGGGCAGAGGACCUCUUGCCCCGCCCCAAGACUCCUCGGAUGAUGACUACGAAGAUGUGGAGGAUGGCAUCCGGGCCAUGCACAAGGUGAAGUCCGGAAGAAUAGAGAAACAGCGACCACCAACGCAGGCCACAAAAGGUGGCAAAAAAGAACUGAAACUGAAACCCGAACUGGCCCAGGCGGCUUUGGAGGCCAUGGAGGCCACCAGCUCAACCACGCCGGCUGCAAACUCGUUGGCCAGUAAGCUGCAAUCGGAACUCCUGGGCGGACGUUUCCGAUACAUCAACGAGCAGCUCUACUCGACGACCAGUCGCAAGGCGGAGGCACUUUUCCGCAAGGAUAGCUCCGCCUUCGAGGCCUAUCACGCUGGCUACCGCCAGCAGGUGGAGAAGUGGCCCAUCAAUCCGCUUAAUCGCAUCAUCAAGACCAUCAAGAAGAUUCCCAAAACAGCCAUAAUUGGCGACUUUGGUUGCGGCGAGGGCAAAUUGGCACAAUCCGUGCCCAACAAGGUGUACUCCAUGGACUUGGUCGCUGCUCGUAGCGACAUCAUUGCCUGCAACAUCACGGAUACUCCACUCCAAGCUCGAACUCUGGACGUGGCCGUAUACUGCCUCUCACUAAUGGGCACGGAUCUGAACGAGUUCUUCCUGGAGGCCAAUCGAGUGCUCAAGCUGCACGGCACUGUCUAUAUCGCGGAGAUUCAGUCGCGAUUCCAGGAUGUGCGGGAGUUUGUGCGUUGCCUCAAUGCAUGUGGAUUCGAUCUUAACAAGAAGGAUGUGGCUGUUAACUAUUUCUACUUCUUCCAAUUCAAGAAGAUGCGUCAUGUGCCCAAGAACACCAAGAUGAAAGCUUUCUCUCUCAAACCUUGCUUAUAUCGCAAGCGAUAGGAUGUUAUCCUAUUCAGAUUAGUAGAUUUCCGACUUUGCGAACUGUUAAAGAAACCAAGACAGCGAAUGCAAUUAUAGAUAGUUACAUUAAUUUUAUGUAGGAGAAACCGCAAUAAAUUUGGAAUUCUUAC